GGAAAUCCGCGCUCAGCCCCCGCCUGGCGGUCUAGUGCUCGGCGCUGUGCUAAAGUGACACAAUGGAUCCUGGGAACAGAGGAAGAAUUCACUCCAACAUGAGACUUAUCUGCUCUCUGUUAAUCAUGGGAGUGUUUUGUGUGACUCCUUUCUUCUGCCAGAGCCAAAAUGAUCCACUGUCCCUUGGCCGAGCUGAUCCCCAGUGCUGGGAGUUCUCCACAGCUGCCUUGGUGGAGAUGAGGAAGCCACGUAUUUCUGACUCUGUCAGUGGCUUUUGGGACUUUAUGAUCUUCCUGAAGUCAUCAGAGAACUUGAAGCAUGGGGCUCUGUUCUGGGACCUGGCUCAGCUCUUUUGGGAUAUCUAUGUAGACUGUGUGCUCUCCAGAACCCAUGGCCUAGGGAGGAGACAACUGGCGGAGGCUGAACAGAAAGUCACAGCUCUGCAUUCUCAGCUCACAGAGCGAAAACAAGGGACAUUUUCUCAUAGUCAGAGGACACGAGUGCUGAACAAGAAAGAGCUGAUUGAAGACUUAAGCGUCCAUGUGCACAAGAGUGGAUCUGCAUUACUCCGAAGAGUUAUUGGAGGGCUAGGGAUAAAGAGGAAACAAUGAGUCUAGUCUGAGGCUUAUCUGUACAGUGGAUAUUUUUAAAACAAUUUCCUUUUGGUUUUUGUUUUUAAUCUUCAUUGGAAAGCUGCUCUAGGUGGAGGGGGCUGUGCCUGUAGCUAUCAACAUUGUACCUUGGGUUAGCUUUGACUUUUUGGACUGUUGUGGCUUUUCAUUUUUUUUUUAAAUAAUGCCCAUGAAUUCAGUCUCUUUAAUAAACUGCAUGAUUUAUAAGCAGUUGGCCACCUUAUUGUGUACAUAAGCUACUGAAAUUGUCUGGGGGGCUGCUGAAGAAUAAGGCCCAGUCAUGCAACUGGAUGUGUACAGGCAGAGCAGGGGACUAACAUGGAGCUCCACUGACCUCAACAGUUUUGCCUGUAUGGAUUCAGUUCUAGGGCUGGAGCCAAGUAGCAGUACUUGCUCUGUUUUAACUAUAUUUUUAUACAUAUGAGGCACAAACAGCAGCCAAAAGAUCAUCUUAUU